CAUUUCAACAACCAAAUCAAGAACGCCUCCAUUAUCCAAACGGGAACAUCCUAGUUUUGUUUGUUUUGACUCGCAGAUUGAAAUCUUCAUACCAUCCUUCCCAUUUUGAGAAAAAGUUCCAUCUUUUAUACAUCAACUUUUGUGGGGUUUAUCAAUUAUGAAGAGAAAUGGAGAUUAUUCGAUGCCACAUGAUGACUCUCAGCCACAUAUCCAAUAUGAUAUUGAUGCUGCUGACAAACCCUCAAUUUUAGCUUCAAAUUUCUUCAUGGAUCAGGUUGGGGAGAUUCUUCUUACCCUCAAACCAGAUGGAUUAUCUUGGAAAUUGAUGGAAUCUCUUUCAAAUGAGGAUGGCUCAAGCUGUUGGGGGAUACGACUUGCUUCCAAAGGUGAUACUUCAAUCAAGAUUUCUGAUGUAUAUGCUGUUGACUUCAUUGAUUGGGGAUUGGUGCAUGAAACUCGUCAUACAAAUGCAGGAUGCCUGUUUGAUCAUGUAUCUGAGAUGUACCGGUUCAGAGUGCAUGGUAUCCAGAAGUCCAAGGCUCAACCUUCUCUUUGGACUUCAAUUAUACACACUUUUGGUCACGACGAUAAGCAGACAUGUCAAAUGUGGGUGAAGCAAAUAAAUAUGUUUCUUGGCUUGGAAACCAACAGGCCUAAGAGUCUUCUGGUUUUUGUUCAUCCGAGGAGUGGAAAAAGAAACGGAUGUCGAAUUUGGGAAAAUGUGGCUCCUCUCUUUUCUCGAGCCAAAGUAAAAACAAAGGUUGUUGUAACAGAGAGGGCUGGGCAUGCCUUUGAUGCAAUGAAUUCUAUUACAAAUAGGGAGCUUACUUCCUAUGAUGGGGUUGUUGCUGUUGGAGGCGACGGGUUAUUCAAUGAGAUCCUAAAUGGGAUUCUUUUGUCAAGACACAACGCUCCCUAUCCACCUGUCCCUCCGGAUCAUAGUCAAACCGUCGAUACCCAUAAUGAAAUAGUGGAUCCUGGCCCAACCGUAACUAUGGCUGAGCCAUUGGCUUCUGGUGAGGAUGAGUCACCUCUCCUGAGUACACCACUUGAAUCACAUGUCGCAAAUCCUAACCUUGAUCCUGAAGUUUCUUUCCCAAAUGAACGAUUUCGCUUUGGACUCAUUCCUUCUGGUUCAACCGAUGCCAUUGUUAUGUGCACAACUGGAGCCCGGGAUCCGGUGACAUCAGCAUUGCAAAUUAUCUUGGGCGAAAGAUUACAGUUGGAUAUAGCUCAAGUUGUGAGAUGGAAAACGUCACGAACAUCCAAGGACGAGCCUCGUGUACGCUAUACUGCUUCGUUUGCUGGGUAUGGAUUUUAUGGAGAUGUGAUUACAGAAAGCGAAAAAUAUCGAUGGAUGGGGCCAACACGAUACGAUUACGCAGGAACGAAGGUGUUUCUUAAGCACAGAUCAUACGACGCAGAGGUGUCUUAUAUAAAAGUAGAACAAGAUAAAACGAAUACACGAGCCAAUCAAAGAAGAAUAAAGGCAUUUUGGGACCUCUCCAAGGAGCCAGAAAGAGCACUUUGUCACGCCAAGUGCAAUGUUUGUAAUACGAACCAAACAUCCGACACGCUUCAAGAAUCAAAGUUGACGAGAGUUAGAGGACGGUUUCUUAGCAUCGGUGCGGCUGUCAUAUCGUGCAGAAAUGAAAAGGCACCCGAUGGCUUUGUCGCUGAUGCGCACCUUUCAGACGGCUUCCUGGAUCUUAUUCUCAUCAAAGACUGCCCUCGUGCUUUCUAUUUAUGGCAUCUCACCCAACUAGCAAGAAAGGGCGGAACACCAUUGGACUUUGAUUUCGUCGAACAUCAUAAAACGACAACUUUCACGUUCACUUCAUUCGGGGAUGAGAGCGUGUGGAAUGUGGAUGGUGAGGUUCUUGUAGCCCACAAAUUGUCGGCACAAGUCUUCCGUGGUCUCAUUAGCUUGUAUGCUUCUGGCCCUGAAACUCGAGAGUGAAAAAGUAGCCGUGUAUUUUGUACAAGUGUAUAGAUGCAGUUUUAUAUUAUAUCAGGAUUAGCAAAUAACCAAGUAUUUUGUAUAAGUGUGGCCAUCUAAUUCUUUCAUUAACUUUAAUCAAUCAGGUUGGUAUUUUUCAACUUGUAGGAUGAUGUUAGAACUUGGAUCACCAGAGUCAAACUUAUAUAAA